GUAAAAGAAAGAGGACCGACCUCGCCAUUUUGGUUCCAUGUGACCAGUCGCCUUCAGGAUGUUGGGGUUAUGAAGGUGACCGUAGAAGCCAAAAUCCGCUGAAAUGGCCUCGUUUCGUGCGGUGAGGAGAGCGUUAUGUACCGCGGCAGAAGCGGCUCCACCCGCAGCUCCUGCCCCGGUUCCGGCGAGUCGCUGGGAGAGGGUGAAGCAGAGUAAAGCCGGAGUGUGGUGCCGCAGCCUGCUGUCCGACUACAAAGAGGCAUGUCGGGAGGUGGUGGUGGGGGCCAGAGAGCGCCCGCUCAAAGCCUCUGUGUACCUGGGGCUUCUGGGUGGGGCCUACGCAUGCUUCUCCACCAGACCCGACCAGUCCUCCUUCCAGGCCACCCUGCUGGACCGCUCCAACCAGCUGGCCCUGCUCUCCCCCUGGAUCCGCAACGCUGCAUCCGACCUGCACGUCCAAAACCUGGUCAAACUGAGAAACCAGGGCUGCCUGCACCACCUGAGCCUGGGCUUCGUCUCCCUGGUGUACAGCUCUGACUUCGACCCCCAGAGUGCACUGUAUGAGGCCGCCUGCCCCAACCUCUCUGUGCCUUGGAGGGAGCUGCCUGAGCGGGUGUUGGAUGUGGGCUUUGCUGGGCGCUGGUGGGUCCUGGACAGAAAGAUGGAGGAUUUUGAUGUGAAUGAGGCGGAGUACAAGCAUCUGCCCGCGUACAUGCAGACCACUGCGCCCCCCGGCGUGCAGGAGGUGGAGAGGAACGAGAAACUGCACAAGGACUCCUGGCUGCCCAUCACUGUCCACGAGGAGGAGGAGACAGCAGAGAGGACAGGGGACAAAGAAGCAGAGGUGGAGGACGUGAAGGUGGACGACGUGAAGGUGGACACUGCUCAUGUGGACACAGUGGACACAGCAGCAGUGACAGAAGCCAAGAUGGAGGAUGUGAAGGUGGACUCUGGUCAUGUGGACACUGCUUAUGUGGACCCAGUGGACACAGCGGUGGAGACACAAGCAGAGGUGGAGGACAUGAAAGUGGACACUGCAUAUGUGGACACAGUGGACACGGCAGCAGAAAUACAAAUGGACACUGAAACUGCAGAGACUCUGGACAUUAAGGUAGAAAUAAACAAAGAGGACAUGACAGAGGACAGUCUUGUGGAGACACUGGACACAAAAGAGGAAACACAGAUGGAACAGACGCUGGACACUAGCGCGUUGGAGACAGUGGAGAUAAAGAAGGAAGCAGAAGAAACAAGGGUGGACACUCAUGUAGUUGAGAUGGUGGACGCUGUUGCAAUGGAAAUGGUGGACACGCCAGAGGAGGCUGUCGGUGAAGAGGACGUGGAGCAGACAGCGGCACAGAGCAUGAAAAACUGAUUUAUUAAUGUGAUAUCAACCAAAAAAAAAAACAAGUAAAGCUCAAUAAAUGUGUUUUGCU